AUGAUUCGGCGCUUCCGCCGAUUCCGUGCCUCUACUCUUUUUUGGGAACUGCUAGUUUCAGCUGCAAAACUAACGACGCUGGUUCCAUUACCAGAUGGAUCUUCAUCGUCUGGAUUAGUCUUCCUGUCAAUAAUCCUGUUCGUGGUAGCAGUCGCAGUGAUUGCGAAGAUUAUCUAUAGCAACAAGAAAAGGCGAAGUGACUUGAUCGGCGGUACAGCCCGCUGGAGAUUAGCUGCGUCGCAACAAAGUGGAGCAGCACCUCAACAGACCGCCGCCAAUUAUGCUCCUAUGGGUGGCGUGAGGCCAGCGAAUGCUACAAAUGGGUUGGACACCCCAGGUCCUGACAGACUGGAUUGGGAGCGUCAGUUUUUCGACGACACUGAAGCUACGGUAUGUCCCAUCUCGCCUGCAGCUGGAUCUCAGCCGUACCUGAGCUUUCACCGACGAAUGCUAUCAAUGGCA